CCUCCUCCGUGAAGCGGAUAACUACAGUCAAUCGUUAUCCUACCGUUCAGCCACAGCUCUGACCGAACUCUGCCGGCAUCACUGAUUUCUUUUUACAUGUUCCGCCACUCUACUUGCGAGUUAUAUUAGUUUUACAUUAACACCGUGCCACUGUUACACCCACAGGACUGUUUUUUAUCCGCCUUUAAACAACCUGGACUACUUUUACGCAUGGAAACAUCGGUAACAUUCCAGGAGUGACACUUGGACUGACCGGAGCUCUGAAAGUACGACGUUAAAUCCUGAACUUAAGAGAGAUAAUCUAAGCUGUCUGCCGUCUUCGUCUGCCGAAGCCAUGUUUUCCAAAGCCACUGCCAAAUUCGUCCGUCAGAUUGACCAAGAGGGAAGCCUAAUCCAUGUGUCCCGAAUAAAUGACUCAGACAAACUGGUUCCCAUGGCACUGGUCGUCAAACGCAACCCCAUCUGGUUCUGGCAGAAUCCCAAGUACCAACCGACAAUUUUCACCCUCAGCGACUUGUUGCAGGGCGACGAGGUGCUCACUCCAGGGGUGUCUGAGCAACAUAUCCUGGACUACAAAGGGACGUAUGGAGACAUAUUUUCUGGGAAGCUGGACUCUGAAGCUGGUUCUCUCAGCGUCACAGUGUCGGGGCAAGGAUCCUCAAUGCUCCAGUCAUGUUUUGGCAAACUGAAGAAAGAGAAACUGGACGUGAAGAAGCUGCUAAAUGACUCCAGUGGCAGGCACGUAGACAUGCAGCACCCGCUGGUACAGCAGCUGAAGAAACAAGCUGAGGUGCUGGCAGUAGUGUAUGAGAGGAUCAUCACCACCGACUCGUGCACAGUCACCCAGACGAAAAAGGAACAGUGCGCCUUCCAAGGGGUGCUCGGGAUAGUGGGCAUGCUGGGGAAAUCUGUUAAGGUGUGUGUGAAGGACAGUAACAACAUUGAGAUUGACAGUGAUGUUUCCUUAGAGAUCCCAUCUAAAACAGUCAUUGCGUACAGCAUCAUGGAGCUGGAGAUUAAAAAGAAUGGGCACUAUGAAAUAUGCUUACAACCAGGCACGAUGGGAUGCAUUGAGUCAGACUCAACCGAAAUGUCAUGGCCAUGCCAAGAUCCCUUGGAUGCAGUGGACGGCAAGUCCAAUGGAGACAUGGAUCCAAAGAAAAGACGUUUGGAUGCACUGCAAAAUGGAUCACAGCAGAUGGACCUUACUCCUCUGGCAGAGCUCUCUGACUCAACUCGAAGUGCUUUAUUCAAGAACCUCCUCAAAACGAUGAAGGCCCGACCUGCGCUGUCAGAGAUGCAGUGUGUGCUUGAGGAUUUGUGUUGUGUUGAAACACCUGAGGAAGCCAAACUUGACCGACUCAAGGGAGAUAGUCCCACUGAGAAUGGCCAGUGUGGUAUCCCCCCUACUCACCAAAAAUCUGUUUACCUGUUGGUCAGUGCCAUGGAAGCGUUGCCUGAUGAAACCCUGGGCCUCUUGAGCGACAGCAGUCCUGAUUUUCUGGAGGCUUUCAACAUGCUGACUUGCAAGUUAAAGGAGAGCAGCGAGGCGCUCUCCAUAGAGUGUCCUCCGUUCCUGCGACAGGACAGCCAGGCCUUCCAACUGGCAGAACAACUGCUCAGCUCCGUCAACGUGACGCUGAGAAAAGACACCGACACGCUGAGGGUGGAGACGGGAAGUAACGGAGGAGAUCACCUGUUGGUCCUCUGUCUCAGCAUACAUGGAUUGUCCUUGCUGAGCAAAGGACUAAACUAGUACUAGUGUCUGCCUGUGUACUUUUCUUUCUUUUCCGUCAAACAAUUUCUUUCUUUUUUGUCAAGUCUAUUGUGACUAAGCUUAAUAUCAUUCUAGACUCUUUCACUAUUUGCUUCAGUAUUUUAUUGAUAUUACUCUAAUUUUAUUGUUAUUCCUUUUUUAUUACUCAAGCACUUACAUAUUUUUGUAUUAAACAACAAAAAUAUAUAUAUUUUGAAAUAUAUCUUGUUCUACUUAUAUGUGUCUCACUUUUAUAACUUAUAAACCAUUUUAGUGAAAACUGUCUUGUUGAACCCGUUGAUCAACUGAAAGGGCAUAGUGGUAAAGCAGACAGUUCAGAUUUCUUUGCCUGAGAAAUGUUUACACGUUUCAUUUUAUGUCAGAUGUCAUGCAUGCCAAUGGUAUACAAAGUGAAGACGGAAUCUGUGUCUGCAUUUAAAGUCUACAUUUUAUUGCUGCUAUUGCAAAUCAAAAUAUUUGCUAUUAGACUUUUAUUUAUCAAGAAAGCUAUAUAUUAUAUAACAUUCCCUUAAAUACUGGCGUUUAAUACCAAAAAGCUACAUUGUGUUAAAAUGCAGUAUUGAUGGUUUGAUAUUUGGUUUAUGUGUCUUUCACAUAUGAAGAUUUAUGAAGCUGCCUUUGCCAUGGCCUUAGGGCCACUUGCUGUUAACUGUCAGUUAACGUUCUUAUUUAUUGUUGUUUAUUAGGAUAUGUUUUACAUGAUUCAAUAUUAAUACUUUUAAAAUAUCUUUAUAUCUAAGUCUCUGUCUGUGUCAUUGUAUCAGUGUAAGUGUAAAGUGUAUUAUUUUGUCUUACAGAAUUUUCAAAUAAAGCUUUUUAUACUGCAUGGACACUGAA